UUAAACGUCAACUGUCAAAUAUGAGGAAAAGAAAUAUACAACAUAAAAAUAUAUUUUGGAGUUAAUUGAAUAAACAAGAUAUUGUUAGCAUGGACAGUGCAACACAAGAAAUAUAUUUUCAGAAAAUACAAGAAUUAAUCCAAGAUGAUGAUAAAAUUGUAACUGUAUCUUCUCUGGCAGCAGAUCUUGGUGUUUCUAUUCAUAAUUCACGCAAUUUAAUUUCCAAAUAUGUUGAAGACCAACGAAAGUUGAAGCCAGACGAACUAGCAGUUACAUAUGUUGUAUCGGGAACACUGAAAGAGAACGCAAGAAAAGGUGUUUUUAUGGUUAAAGAGGUUGAUUUAAAAGAAAAGAAGAACAUAUUUGAGGCUAACCUGUGUGAAGUAAUUUAUAGCGUUCAGAAAAACAAAAAUGUGGACUUUAAUAUUAUCGCUCUUGUGGAUAUGUUUAAUUCGACUAAAAUAAGAGAAACAGCACUACAUGGUUCGAUUGUGAGUAAAAACUGUACUAAACGUACACUGAAAUUUAGAAAAUUGCCUUCUCCGGCUCCUCCUAUUCUUAAAGGAAAAUCUUCCUUCUUCGUACCGAAGGUUGAAGCAAGUGCAUCGUCAGAAAAGUCAACAGUAUCUCCUAAGACUGAACAAAAGAGUAAAGCUUCAGGGGCGAUAGCAGAUUUAUUUAAAGCAGCCGCAUCGAAACCCAAAAAUGGUAAGGGUUCCGUUUCUAAACCGAAUAAACCUGCUGAUAAACCCAGAGGUCUGUCAGGAUUUCUUAAUAACGGUGCAUUAAAAUCGUCGAAAGAGAGCAAUAAAAAAGAUAAAAUAAAAAUCGAAAGUAGUUCUAGUAAUGCUGAAAUUCAAACUAGUUCUAAAGAAGAAAUUUGGGAUGUUAUAGACGAUUCCAGUGAGGAACUCGUAACAAUUAAGGAGGAAAGUAAAGUGUCGAAAAAAGAUCAUACAGUUAAGAAUGGAGAAAGAAAGAAUAAUAGUCAAGAGAAACCGAAGAAGGCAAAUAAAAGGCGGAGGGAUAAAAGUAGGGAAUUGCCCUCAAAGAAGAGGAAAAGGAUAAUAGAGAGGAACAGUUCCGAUAGUGAUGAUAUGUUCGAAAAAGACAACGAUGAAGACAUCAUAGAGAGGUCCGAUGAAGAACCUGAACGAAUACCUUCGCCAGUCGUGCAGAAACCAAUCGUGCCUAAAAAUAAAAGGAGAAAAGCCGUCACAAGAAAUUACGAAGAUGAAGAGGGCUUCAUUGUUACAAAGACAGAAUACGUGUAUGAAACUGCUUCGGAAGAUGAAAAUGUAGAACCUGAACCAGUGAAGCAAGAGAAAAAGGAAGAAAAACCGAUUAUAAAAUCAAAAGCUGCGGAUAAGAAGAAACCCGUGAAAAACCAGGCAACUUUAAUGAGUUUCUUCACAAAAAAAUAGCGAAGACGAAGAAUUUUACUGCGUAUUUGUAUUUUUAAUGAUUAUGAAAUUUACGUAAUAAUAAAAAGGAUUUUCGAGGUGAAAAUAGUGAAUACUUUUCUGUAAUUGUAAAUAAAAUUUAAAUAUACC